AUUAACACAACCUUCAAAACAAACGAGUUUGAUACAAAGAAUAGUAUGAUAAUGGUGAUGGUAGUAGAUAACAGUCCCGAAUUGGCAUCGUCCACCUCGGGUCCAAUGACACACUAUUCUCGGGUGUGCAACCGAGGGUUUAUUGUGCGCAGGAGCCCUCAGUGGGCACAUGCGGUCUCACACGGUGGGAGAUCAAGCAGACAAGAAUCAGAGUGAUGAUCACGACCACAUGAACAACAAGCAAUCAAAUGUCAGAAAAAAGCACUCCUACUUCUUACGCACUAUUGCCAACCGUUUUGUCGCUAAAAGUAGUGGAUAUAGAGCUGAUGACGAUGAUAAGGGUGUAAUGCCACACGGGAGCAUCACGUCAUUUUCGUCAUCGCCUCCUCUUCGUAGUCAUCAAUAUUGUGUAUCAAAGGAAGAUAUGGAUCUAGCUAAUUGCCUGGUGAUGUUAUCAUCCAACGGGUCAUUCCAAUUCACGUCGUCUCAAGAUGAUAUACACGAUCACAAGGGAAAAAUGGUCAAGGAAGAGGACACAAACAACAACAAUAAUAGGGGCUUGUUCCCAUGUAAGGCAUGCAAUAAAGUGUUCAACUCCCACCAAGCAUUGGGUGGCCAUAGAGCGAGUCACAAGAAGGUUAAAGGUUGCUACGCUGCCAAGCUCGACAACCUCAACCACGACAACAACAAUAACAAAAAUGAUGAAACCGGCAAUUAUUGCCCCGAUGAAUUCUUGGAUAGCGAUUAUUCUCUGCCCUCCACACCACCACCCUCGGCCUCCGCCACAAUCUCCCGGAAGCGCUCAAGGGUGCAUGAGUGUUCCAUCUGCCACCGGAUCUUCUCCUCCGGGCAGGCAUUGGGUGGCCACAAACGGUGUCACUGGCUGGCAGCAUCAAACACGGCAGACAUGACAGUCUUACAAAGUUUUCAAGAAAUUGUGGCAUAUGACAACAAGCAAUCGCCACCGUUGAUCUUCAAGAAUCCUUCGUUCCCGUCGGGUUAUACUUCGCACGGGCCAUCGUCGUCGUUGGACCUCAACAUUGCACCUACUAUCACCAACGUUCCAAGAAAAUCGUCCUUUGAAAAGGAGACAGCUACAAGAUCGUGCUAUUUGGAUCUAUGGGAAAAAGGGGUUAGUAGUAGUACUAAUACCGCUAACUCCAGUCACAACCAUUGUGGUGAGGAGAAGUCUCCAAAGUUAAAAGAUAUGAAAUUAGAUGGAGA